GCCCCGUAGUUGAAUGGCGCUGCUGGAAAGAUGACCAAGGUUUGUGCUGUUUUUGGAGGAUCUAGGGGAAUAGGUAAAGCUGUGUCUAAAUUGUUGGCUCAGAGAGACUAUAAAGUUGCAGUUAUAUCUAGGGACCUGGAAGUAGCUAAAGCAGCAGCAGCAGAGGUUGGAGCUCACCUGGCCCUCAGCUGUGAUGUUUCCAAGGAAAAUGAGAUCCAGGACACAUUCAAAGAAAUUACGAACAAUUUGGGCAACGUUGACUAUCUUGUUAAUUCAGCAGGCAUCCGUAGAGAUGCUUUGUUACUAAGAACAAGAUCUGAGGACAUAAGGUCUCUCCUCUCUGUCAAUCUGGUGGGCACAAUCCAAACAUGCAAGUUGGCACUAAGGAGUAUGAUUCAGCAGCAAGGAGGGGCCAUUGUAAACAUAGGAAGCAUUGUUGGUCACAAAGGGAAUAUUGGUCAGAGCAUUUACGGUGCCAGUAAGGAAGGAUUAAUUGGAUUCUCCAAGUCCCUCGCUAAAGAAGUGGCAAAGAGGAACAUCCGUGUUAAUGUAGUCGCACCAGGAUUCAUUCACACUGAUAUGACUUUAGGUUUAGAAGAAGAUUCCCUGACUAAAAUGGUCCCCUUGGGCAGGUUUGGAGAUCCAGAAGAAGUUGCCCAGUCAGUCCUCUUUCUAUUGGAAUCCCCCUAUAUCACAGGGCAUGUUUUAGUGGUUGAUGGUGGCCUCCAGCUACAAAUGUAGGAUUUUUAAUGUCCCAAAAUAUAUAUCAAAACAUGUGAAUUCCUGAUGGUGUAAAUGGUUUAAACUUUUAUAUUGAUUAUUAUGAUUACUGUUUCUUUAAAUAACUAUUAUAAGAAUAGUAAAUGUUGUUCAGAUAUUAUUGUAUAUAUAAAAUCUCACUUAGGAAGUUGUUCAGUGUGGGUUUCAUUUACCUUAAGCAUACUUUAUGUAUGGCUGCACCAAGUUGCUUUUUACAUUGAAUAAAAAGAAUAUAGUUAUGGCUAAUGAAGCAAAAUCAGACAGAAGGACUCCACAUUCUCAAGGGCUGUUUUUGUUAACUUACACAUGGAAGGCUGCACCCAUAUACACUAGCAAAAUGUGUUUGCUGUAACAUUAUGCCAUCCCCUGUGAUCAGUUCUUAAUUGAUGCUAAUUCACCAUGAAGCAGGAAGAUCGUCAGAAAGAUACUUUUAAGUUAUGCAAAAAAGAACAGGAAGCCAACGAUGGACUGGCCAGCAUCUCAACAGCCCUCAACCCUAGUGAGCUUUUUGGGAAGAGCUUCACUGUAAGAUCAGCAGAAAAGUCCAUGUCAGUCAGUCACAUCCCUAGAAGAGCUACAGAAAGUGUGGGUUGAAGUUUCCCCUGCAAAAGGCCUCAAAAACAGAACACAGUCCAAAUUAACAGAUAUCAGUAAGGGCCCAUGAAGUUUGGUUUGGGGAUGAUUUAAUUCACUGAGCUGCAUUCUUGCCCUAUACCCUAUUUGAGUAAUAUAAUACAUACAACCCAUCUAUUUAAUCAUAUUUGUUAUAUCUAGGAAUUAUAUGCACAGUCAUGUGACACUGUAUAUCAUUCUUUGUGGGUAAUAAAUGAUUUUCAGUGCAAAAAA